AAAAGUCGAGCUCCCCUCCCCCACUUCUAGUAGCACUCUUUCCCCAGCGAUUCAUUAUCCAUCCUUUCCCAACCUUCUUACGAUUACUACGGCAAGAUGGCUCCCCAAAAGGUUUUCCUCACAGGUGUAACUGGAUACAUCGGCGGAGACACCUUUUACGACGUCUACCAGGCUCAUCCGGACUGGCAGUACUCCGUCUUGGUGCGCAACAAGGACAAGGCUGCCCAAGUUACCAGCAAGUACCCCAACGUAAGGAUUGUGCUUGGUGACCUUGACUCGGCCGAUAUCAUCGAGGAGGAGGUCAAGAACGCAGACAUCGUACUCCACUGUGCCGACUGCGAUCAUGUCGCUGCCGCCGAAGCAAUUGCAAAGGGUGCCACUCACCACACCCCUGACCGACCAGUGUGGUGGAUCCACACUUCUGGAACCGGUAUCUUGACUGUGGAGGACUUCCGUAGCAACACUUGGGGUCUGGAACGUGCCAAGCAACAUGAUGACUGGGAUGGUGUCGACGAGCUCCUCAACCUUCCUGCUGAUUCCUUCCACCGCAAUGUCGAUGAGAUCGUCAUCAAUGCUGGCAAGCGUGCUCCCGACAGUGUGAAGAUUGCCAUCGUCUGCCCGCCUACCAUCUACGGACCGGGCCGUGGACCCUGCAACCAGAAGAGUGUGCAGGCAUACUGGCUGGCUUCUGCUGUUCUGAAGCGCAAGAAGGGUCUGCAGGUCGGUGAGGGUAAGAACAUCUGGCACCAAAUCCACGUGCAGGAUCUGAGUGAUCUUUACCUUCUGCUGAGUGAGGCUGCUGCUGCGGGCGGUGGCAAGGCCACUUGGAACGACAAGGGUUACUACCUGGCAGAGAACGGUCCUUUCUGCUGGGGUGACAUUCAGAAGCAGGUGGCCCAGGUUGCUUAUGAGAAGAAGCUUAUCCCGUCCCCCGAGGUUGAGCCCUUGACCGACGAACAGGUUACUGAGACCAACCAAUUUGGCCUGUAUGCCUGGGGUAGCAGCUCUCGCGGUACUUCCUACCGUGGCAGAAAGCUGUUGGGUUGGAACCCCCACCGCCCCAGUCUGAAGGAGCUUAUUCCUGAGAUUGUUGACAUUGAAGCCAAGGCUUUGGGCUUGCUGUGAGGGAGCUCGGAAAUUUAUGUAGUCAACUACGACGCAUUGAUAUGAUGAAUGACAUGAUAAUCUUUAAAAUGAAAUAUGAGUCUUGUAAGGUGUUCAUCACCACUUGCAAGGAAUAUAACCUACCCCGAAACGAAGUGAUAAUAUUGUUUGUAG